AUGGCUCAGUUGGUUGGUCCAGACGACAUAGAGUCACUGAGAAUAGAGCUCUCGGAGAUAGGAAGAAGUAUCAGAUCAUCAUUUCGACGCCACACCUCGAGUUUCCGAAGCGUUUCGGGUUUGAGUUCUACACAGAACGAUCAUGAGGUUGAUGAUGAAUAUCUCUCACAGUGGGCUGCGGUGGAGAGAUUGCCGACUUUGGAGCGGUUGAGAUCGUCUUUGUUUGAUGAAAAUGAAGGAGGAAAAAGGGUGGUUGAUGUCACCAAGCUUGAUGCUGUUGAACGUCAUAUGUUCAUUGACAAACUCAUCAAACACAUUGAGAAUGACAACCUUCUUUUGUUGCAGAAAUUCAGAAAAAGAUUAGACAAAGUUGGUGUAAAGUUGCCCACUGUGGAGGUGAGAUAUCAAAAUCUGCGUGUAGAAGCAGAGUGCGAGGUAGUUUAUGGCAAGCCCCUCCCAACGCUAUGGAAUUCUCUCAAAAGUAUGUUUUUUGACUGUGCCAAGCUUCCUGGUUUAAAGCCACAAGAGACCAAAAUAAGCAUCCUUAAUGAUGCAAGUGGUAUCGUUAAGCCUGGAAGAAUGACCUUACUGCUUGGUCCUCCAGGGUGUGGAAAAACUACCUUAUUGAAAGCACUUUCAGGAAAUCUAAGCAAAUCUCUCGAGGUUACAGGGGACAUUUCUUACAAUGGAUACAAACUGGAAGAGUUUGUGCCUCAGAAAACUUCUGCUUAUAUAAGCCAGAAUGACCUGCACAUUCCUGAGAUGACUGUGAGGGAAACAAUUGAUUUUUCGGCACGCUGUCAGGGUGUUGGGAGCCGAGCAGAUAUUAUGACCGAGGUUAGCAGGAGGGAAAAGGAGGCAGGAAUUGUUCCAGAUCCAGACUUAGAUACUUAUAUGAAGAUUCUUGGACUUGAUGUCUGUGCUGACACACUGGUUGGGGAUGCAAUGAGAAGAGGUAUCUCUGGCGGUCAAAAGAAACGAUUGACUACAGGUAAUUUGAGCUCUAAGUUGCACAGAUUUGCAGAUAUUGCAGCUCUCCCGUUGUACAGGGAGAUGAUUGUUGGUCCCACAAAAGCUAUGUUUAUGGAUGAAAUAUCAAAUGGUUUAGACAGCUCAACCACAUAUCAGAUUGUUGCAUGCCUUCAACAACUGGCACAUAUCACAGAUGCUACUAUACUUGUGUCACUUCUUCAGCCAGCACCGGAAACCUUUGAUCUCUUUGAUGAAAUUAUCUUGAUGGCAGAAGGGAAGAUUGUGUAUCAUGGACCCAGAAAUAUUGUCUUGGAUUUUUUUGAGAGUUGUGGGUUUAGGUGUCCCGACAGGAAAGGGGUGGCUGACUUCCUUCAGGAGGUUAUCUCUAGAAAAGAUCAAGCACAGUACUGGCACGAAACUGAACAAGGCUACAGAUAUGUUUCUACUGAUAUGUUAUCUAGGAAAUUUAAGGAGUCCGCUAUUGGGAAGAAGCUAGACGAGGAGCUCUCUGAGCCAUUCAUGAAGUCCCAGAGUGAUAAAAAUGCUAUUUCUUUUAGUGUUUAUUCUCUUUCUAAAUGGGCACUCUUUCGCGCUUGCAUGUCAAGGGAGUUGCUUCUCAUGAGGAGGAAUUCUUUUCUUGUGAUAAUUGCGUGUAUCACGAUGACUGUAUUCUUACGAACUAGGAUGGAGGUUGAUGUUGUCCAUGGAAAUUAUUAUCUGGGUGCGCUGUUCUAUUCCAUCACCAUUCUUCUAGUUGAUGGAUUUCCAGAGUUGGCCAUGACUGUUUCGAGACUUGCAGUUUUCUAUAAACAGAGAGAGUUGUCCUUUUACCCAGCUUGGGCAUAUGCAAUUCCAGCUUCCAUUCUUAAGGUUCCUAUUUCAUUGCUGGAAGCUCUAGUUUGGACUUCUCUAACUUAUUAUGUUAUCGGGUACAGUCCUGAGCCGGGGAGGUUUUUUUGCCAGCUAAUGUUAUUUUUUGCUGUGCACUUGGCAUCAUUAUCCAUGUUUCGUUUCUUGGCAUCAGUUUGCCGAACUGUGGUUGCUUCUACGAGUGCGGGGAUACGUGUGUUGCAGAGAAUGGAGGUGCAUAAGGAGGGAGUGUGGUGGGUUCUAAUAGAUGAUGAGUCUACUUUGGGUAAGGUUUGGUCGGUGGUGGUUGAAGUGGAAGUUUACUACAAAACCAUAAUGUAUAAGGAGGCAAUCUGCACUCGUCCCAAAGAACAAGGGUCUUCUAUAAUUACUCCUUAUGCUUCUAUGCCAGUUUGGUUGGAGUGGGGAUCUUGGGUUUCUCCACUGACAUAUGGUGAAAUAGGACUUGCUGUAAAUGAAUUUCUUGCUCCACGAUGGCAAAAGGGUCCAACUAGGCCUUUGGUAUCUGUUGGAGGUGACCCAUGGCUGUUUGUGGAGUUUGAAAGAUUUUUCUUGGUCUGGUGGAGUUUUGGUGGAAUUCGGCAGAUUGGACAGUGUUUUUUCUGGCUUUUUUUGUCUUCGACAGUGGUGUUUUCUAGCCUCUGGAUAUUCAGUAGCGGUGUUUUGGGCUUGGUGGAGUUUUUGUGUUAUGGGGUUAAUACUGAUAGUGUAUUCCCUUUUGUUGGACAGCUCAUUAUGGCUCUUUCAAUGGCAAAUGUGAAUGGUAGUAAUGGUGGUCAUUCUGGCCGUGGUCAUCAAGUGUUGGGAUAA